CAACCGCACAAGCUCUCCACGGCGCCGCAUGCCGCCGCCGCCGCCUCUGCCCCCUGCGCUCCACCGCGUGCUCUCCCUCUUCCCGCGCGUCGCCUCCCCGCGCCAACUCCUCCAGGCGCACGCCUUCCUCCUCCCCCGCGGCGGCCACCGCCACCCGCGCCUCCUCUCCGCGCUCCUCCUCGCGUCCCUCCGCCUCGCGCCCCGCCACCGGCCCCACGCUGCCGCCCUCCUACGCCGCGUGCACCCCGCCGUCUCCCUCAGGGCCGCCGCCCGCCUCCCGCCGCAGCUCCUCCGCGGGAGCCUCCUCGGGCCGCAGCUCCAUUCCCUGCUCCUCCGCGCCGGCCUCGCGGCCUCCGACGCCCACGUCUCCGCCAGCCUCGUCCAGGUGUACUGCGCCUGCGGACGCGUCGCCGCCGCGCGCAGCGUGUUCGACGAGAUGCACGGCAGGGACGUGGUGGCCUGGAACGUUAUGAUCGCGGGGUACGUCAAGUCCGGGGACCUGGUCCGCGCGCGCGAGCUGUUUGACGUAAUGCCGGAGAGGAAUGUGGUGUCGUGGACAACUGUGAUUGGGGCGUACGCACAGAUGAAGCAGCCAGAAGAAGCGGUAGAGGUCUUCCGGAGGAUGCAGGUGGAGGAGGGGAUUGAGCCUGAUGGGGUGGCGUUGCUAUCAGUUCUGUCAGCAUGCGGGGAUUUGGGCGCGGUUGAUCUAGGGGAGUGGGCACACAAGUUUGUGGUUAGGCGGGGAUUAUUCCAGAACAUACCACUGAUGAAUGCGAUCAUUGACAUGUAUAUGAAAUGUGGGUGUAUCGAGAAGGCAGUGGAGGUGUUUGAGGGUAUGGAGGAGAAGAGCGUUGUGACUUGGACAACACUGAUUGCUGGAUUUGCAUUGCACGGCCUUGGUUUGCAAGCUGUUGAAAUAUUUCGCAGGAUGGAGACCGAGAAUGUGGCACCAAAUGAUGUCACUUUUCUUGCUGUCCUCUCAGCGUGUAGCCAUGUUGGAUUGACUGAUUUGGGCCGCUGGUAUUUCAAUGUCAUGGUGUCCCAGUACGGGAUGAAGCCACGUGUUGAGCAUUAUGGGUGCAUGGUUGAUAUACUUGGUCGUGCUGGUUGUUUAAUGGAGGCUCAGGAUUUGGUUCAGGAGAUGCCUUUCGAGGCAAAUGCAGCAAUAUGGGGAGCACUUCUUGCUGCCGCUAGGACCCAUGGUGACACUGGCCUUGGAGAACAAGCUUUGUUGCAUCUAAUUAACCUUGAGCCUCACAACAGUGGGAACUAUAUUCUCCUAUCAAAUAUUUAUGCAGAGCAGGAGAGGUGGGAUGAUGUGAGCAAACUUCGAAAGGCAAUGAAAGAAAGGGGUCUAAAGAAUGUGCCAGGGGCAAGUUCCAUCGAAAUUGAUGGCAUGGUUCAUGAGUUCACUUCUAGAGAUGGAUCUCAUCCUUGCUUACUUAAGAUAUGUGAAAUAUUAUGUGAGAUAAACACCAAUAUGAAAUCUGUUGGUGUUAUUGCUGUGCUUCCUGAAGUACUGCAUGAUAUUGAAGAAGGCUAAGAUCACUAUUGUCAUGUACUGCAGCCCAAAUUUGCACUUCAUGGCACAGUUCAUGUUUCACUCCUAGAGUCUCAUUGUUAUGUAAAAAGGAUAUCUAACACUUUAUACGA